AAGUGAUUAGAGCAAAUCUGUAAAAUAAAAAUAAUAAGUGUCCUGAAAAAGAAAAAAACAAAAAAAACUUUAAGAAUUAAUGCAAAGUAAAAAUUCAACCCAAAAGUGCUCAAGUUUAGAAAUAGCAAAACAGCAAAAAUAUGGCGAAUAUAAAUAAGAAGCUUGCGUUGAUACAGUUAAUAGCGGUACAUUUAAUAGCAGCGCAGGCAGAUCCGCAACUAGAUUUGCCACCACUGAACCUCGACUCUCAAGGCCCAGAAUUAUUGUACAAUUCACUCACACCCAGAACGGCUGCGAGUCCGCUGCAAGCAUUGGGCGACUUUGAUCGCAGCCAACGCUAUGGACCACCCUAUUCCAGCGAAGGACUCAAUGAUGAUGGCGCUGAUGAUUUUAGGAAUGGCCAAACUUAUGACGAGCGCAUGCGCUACGGUUACACUUACACAGCUAGAGCACAGAAUUUGACCCGUGCUGCAGCCGAUUCACCGUUCAGUGAUUACAACAGCAAUAAUGUGGGAUUGCAACAGCGCGAAAGUCCCCGUUAUCCCAAUCAUAAUUACGAUAACCCCAGCGAUCGCUUCGGCAACAACAACCGUUUUGCAGACGGCUUCGAUGAGCGCCAGCGUGAACGUUACAAUAACGAUAAUCCCGAUCAGGCGCGCUUCAAUAAUCCAAACAAUGACUAUAAUGCACGUUUCAACGGAAAUCAGUCACCAAUUGGCGGCAACUUCGAUCCGAAUAGUCCGUUUAAUACAAACAAUCCGUAUGGCAAUGAUCGUGGCCGUUUUGAUAAUCCUUUUAGGCCGAAUCAAGAUCGUUUCAAUUUGAAUAAUGAACGUUUCUUCGAGAGGCAGCGCUUCCAGCAGGAGCGACGUUAUCAAAUGGAAUUAGAGAAGCUGCGGAAUCUGCUGGUGGAGACUGAUCAUAAGGGUUCACUGGAGUGUACAGCGAAUGUGGGAGCUCAGUGGAAUUUCGAGACAAAUGUGAACGAGCUAACGCAGGCGGAAGCGUUCAAUGCGCAACAACAUUAUGUCGACUUUCUGCGMUUGGUAGCCGAGCAAUCGAAGAAUAUUAACAAAGAUCUGAUACUCGACCGGCGGCUUUAUCGGCAGUUGAUGUUGCAGUCGGAAGCCGGACCCAAUGCCUUACCGAUAGAGACUUUGGAUCGCUAUAAUCGGCUUAUCAAUGAGAUGCUCUACAUCUACAAUGAGGCCACCAUUUGCGCCUAUCAACAGCCCUUUAUCUGCAACCUGCGCUAUAUACCCGAUCUGAAGGAGAUCAUGUCCAAAAGUCGCGACUGGGACGAACUGCAGCACACUUGGGUGGAGUAUCAUCGCAAAGCGGGACGAGAAAUGCGCGAUGGUUAUGAGCAAUUGGUGGAUGUGAUGAACGAAGUGGCCUAUGUAAACAAUGUUACAAAUGGCGGUGAGUUCUGGUAUCUGCCGUAUGAGUCGGCCAACUUUCGUCAGGACGUAGAAAAUGUAUGGGAGCAGAUACGUCCACUAUACGAGGGUCUACAUUCGUAUGUGCGUCGUAAGCUGCGCGAUUACUAUGGACCAAAUCGCAUUAACCGCAUUGCCCCGAUACCCUCACAUAUUCUCGGCAAUAUGUAUGCGCAAUCGUGGUCGAACAUCUUGGAUAUAGUUAUACCGUUUCCUGGUCGUAAAUUGGUCGAUGUAACGCCGCGUAUGAUUGAACAGGGCUAUACGCCGUUGUUAAUGUUCCAAUUGGCGGAGGAGUUUUUCACGUCAAUCAACAUGUCUGCUGUGGGCCCUGAGUUCUAUACUAAUUCUGUGCUCGAGCAACCGUUGGACGGACGUCGUGUACUUUGUGAGCCUUCCGCAUGGGAUUUCUGUAAUCGGCAUGAUUUUCGCGUCAAAACCUGUUCGGAAAUUAGUCAAAAGGGGCUGCUGAGCGCUCACCACGAGAUGGCGCAUAUACAGUACUUUUUACAAUAUCGCCAUUUGCCGAAGGUGUUUCGCAAUGGUGCUAAUCCCGCUUUUCAUCAAGCCAUAGGCGAUGCUAUCAUGCUAUCGGUGUCGACCUCGAAACACUUUCAAACGAUUGGCUUGUUGCAACGUUCUGUGGAUGAGUCCAGUUAUGAUAUAAACUACCUCAUUACAAUGGCAUUGGAUAAGGUCGCCUUCUUACCUUUUGCUUUGGCUCUUGACAACUGGCGUUAUGAUGUCUUCAGCGGGAAUACAAAUAAACAUACGAUGAACUGUCACUACUGGAAUCUGAGAGAACGCUAUGGCGGUAUUAAGCCACCAGUGCUUCGCUCGGAAAAGGACUUCGACUUGGGCGGAAAGUACCACAUACCAGCAAAUAUACCGUAUAUUAAGUGA